UCUACCUCUUAUUUUGCGCAAGGCUGGCUGAGCAAACAAAAUAACCUUAUACUAAUCGCUCCCUCCAACCCCUCUUCUCUCUUCACCCCUUGUACUUUACACGGCUACCCCCACGGCUACCUCGGCGGCAAAACGGAAUCAUUUUUGGUGUGUCUAUCGGGAAAACUCUGUCCUUUUCUCUCUCUCUUUCUCCUUCCUGUGCGCAUUUCAACUUUAUUCGCCGUUGGAACCAACCUCCCCUGAACCUACGGACCAUUCUAUUGCUCUAUUUUAAAACGCGGGGUACCGACUAAUUUCUACAUUGGCGUCGCGAAUUUCACUUGCUGGCUCAGUGCAGUCUUCUGAGCACCAGCAUAUAAGGAUGCCUUACGAGAUUGCGCUAGGCGAGCGACUUAUCUCGGAGCUUAAAGACUCGCAGCUGUCGUCUGACAAGGCGCUGUUUGAGACGAUAAAUGCGAUCAUCCAGCUCCACGAGCUGCGUCUGAGCACCCUGCGCGGGGCAGCCAAAGGCGACGAGCGGAAAAAGACCAUGCUGCAGCAGUCGCAGCUCAUUGUGCUGCGCGUGGUGGCCAUGGGCAUGUUCUACCACUGGCACCAGAUCUACGCGUCGCGUGGAAUCAACGGCGACAAGGCACUCAUCAAGAUCACCGAGGACCCAGCAGCCAGCACCGACGACACGUCCAAGGCCUCGACCGGCCACGGGUACAGCAACGGAGAGUUCCCGCUGCACUACCCGGAGCCACUGGAGGAGUCGCUGGCCAAGUACACGUUCCAGAUUGCGUCGCACUACUUCCGCAGCUGGUCGGGCCCCAAGUCGCUGCGGCUUGUGUCUGAUACGGUGUCGAUGCAGGCGUGGUACUCGUUCCAGCUGAAGCGCACGCACACGUCGCAGAGCGCCCCGCUGCUCUACAACUCCAAGGACAUCGCCACAGGCGUCGGCGUCAAGCAGCGGUGGGUGCGCACGUGCCUUGCCACGCCCACCAACGACCUGCCGAUGGAGAUCCAGGAGGCGGCGGGUGCGAUUUUCAGUUUCGUGUCGGCAUCGAACUGGAGCGUAGCCAUGCAGCGGGCCAAGAGCUGUCUGUAUCUGGUCGUAUCCCGCGGCGACGAGACGGCAGAUCUGACGGAUAUCCGGUUUUUGGAGUUUGCCAGCAUAGACACCUCGCGGCUGAUCGUGUUCCCGCGAGUCAAGCGGCCCGAGCAGCUGGCCAUCGCUGUGGUUCUGCGGUCGCGUGAUCUGCUGUACCGGCCGUCGACCACGCGCAUCGAGCAGCUCCUCGAUUCAAUCAAGGCAGCGUCCGAUCCCAGCCGGCUCGGCAGCCAUCCGGUGCUGUACCAGCUGCAGAUGCUGCUGCUUGUGAUCUGCCCCGACACUGCGGCCCAUGUUGUUGACCACAUCGAGGGCCGUGGCGACAGUCGCUCAAAGCAGUCGGCGUUCUUCAGCCAGCAUCCAGCAGGCGCUGUGCUGGCAGCCCUGGAUCUGCUGCGCGUUGCGGCAACCCUGGCGGUGCUGCCUGGAAACAACAUCACCCGGCUGGCGCACCUCCUGGAGGCCGAUGCCAACCGUGUUCUUCUUGACAGCGGGCGUUUGCUGGCGCCGUCGCGCGAAGAGGCUGUUGACUCGUCGAUGUUGUUGGCGUACAGCCUGGUGAGCCAGCUGGAGAUGGACCCCGAGCGGGCGCUACGGUACUUUUUGCCGCUGAUGACGGGCCCCAAGUCGCCGGUGUCGAUGAACCUGGUGUUUGCACAUGCAGUGCACAUGACCAUCGGCAAGCGGUUCUACACAAACUCGACGGUGUCGUACCCCAUGUUCCAUCGGAUGGUGACGCAGGCGUUUGGCGACUUUUUGCGCAAGAACAUUGCCCAUCUGCAGUCGGUCAGCGAGCAGCAGGCGCAGCGGCGCGGCAAUACUGCAGGGUCGCGGCGGGCGCAUGGCGGCGGAUACAGCGACAGCCUGUCUAUAUACGACAUUGGAUUCAACGUGUCCGACCGCAUCGAGAUUGUGGCAACCAUCCUGAACACGUUUAUUGAGGAGCCGAAGCUGGCAAUCUGGGGCGAGAACGAGAUGGAGCGGCUUGACUCGUUUGAGACCAUUGUCAGUUCGAUCUCGGCGUGCAUCCAGGAGCCCUCGAUUGCAGUGCAGCGGCUGGCAGGCAAUGUGCUACGUGCGCUGUUCAGCCCGCGGCGCCUUGCUGACUGGAUGCUGACCGAGGACAUUGCGUUUGCCGUGUGGACCCUGAGCCUGCAGGUGAUCCAGGGCAUCUGCCGUGCGCUGGUGCACAGCAUGGUGUCGAGCUCGAUGAUGCAGCACCGGCAGCUGCUGGAGCUGAUGCAUGACAUGCUGAUGGAUCUGCCCGAGAACGCCCAGUUUGAGGUUGCCUUUGAGAUCAUCCUCGAGUGCAUCCGCCUGAAGUGCCACAGCCAGCAGCUAAUCAGCAGCAUCAGCGGCGCAAACAUGGACUCGACGCUGGCCAACAGCAGGCUGUACCAGGAGCUGGUUGCCGGCGAUGUCCAGCAGGCGGGUGUGUAUAGCCGUGUUGCCCAGAAGAAGGCUGUGUUCCGCACGAUCCGCAAGCACAUCAAGCCGACCCCUGGCGCCCAGGCUGCGUGGCAGGAGACGUACAAGCUGUGGCGCCAGAUGCUGCAGGCGCUGCAGAUGCGUGACGACUCGGUGCGAACCACUGCUGGGGCGUCAGCUGUGGGAGGGUCGGCCGACGGCUCGGUGGAGCGCGACAUGGCCAACAUGUCGCUAAACCACGGUGGAUCGGUGCCCUCGACGCCAACCAAGGACGCACAUGACCGUAAGGAGCCUACCAGCAAGCGCCGCAACCCGUUCUACGAAAAGUUCACUAGCCAGGGCAACAAGCUCGUGAUGCGCGCUUCCGGAAACCGCGGCGGCAACGAUAUUGGCUCGACGAAUCUGACAGCCGCUGCUGUUGCCAGUACAGGAAACCUGCCCGGCUCUGUUUCCAGCUCCGUGGCGAGCCCAACCACACCGCACGCUGCGACCAUGCCCAGCUCGGGCAAUCAUGGAGCCGGUGGAUUCGCUGGUGCUGGACAGAGCAUAGACAGUCUGCCGUCGCGCACGCCGGGUGGGAUCGCCGCUGGCGCGCAUCUGCCAGCCAUCAUCAACUCGCCGAUGGCUACGCUGAACGAGCUGCGUGCGCAGUGGAAGAGCUGCACUGGAUUCCUACUGGCGUCGGGCGGCUCGUGUAUUCCUGAUGGCUCUGGUGCUAUGAACCGGAUGGGUAGCAGCGACACAUCCGAGAUCCAUGCGCUGCUGGAGCACUUUGUCGGCGAGACGUUGGAGCUGGUGGUGUCCGACGACAUUCUGCUGCGUGAAAGUGCCAAGGAGGUGCUCAGCAACGAGACGCACUCUGGUAUCUCGGUGCUGCUGAUUGCCCGGUGCAUGUACAGCAUGAAGCGGUUUGUGCAGUCGACUGGCGAGUGCAUCAUCAUUAUGAAGGCGCUGAUCAACCGCGCCGACGCCGAGAACCUGAGCCAUAGCGUGUUCAACACGGAUCUGGGAAUGGUGCUGACAACCAUGAGCCGAUAUCUGAAUGCUGCGGCCACGCAUACGCUGCACGGAGCGCUGAGUGAGCGAGUGCGGUUCACCCGCCUGGUGGUGAUGUUCCUGCAGUCGGCCAUGCGCCAGGCGAUUGUGCAGGAGGUCAGCGUGCGCAACGAUCUGCUGGAGACGCUGGUUAACUGGAUCACCGAGCUGCGUGUGGUGGAUCCGCGGUCGCCACGGGCCGACGACGGUCCGAACUACAAGCUGAUGAUGGAGCUGACGACUACCAGCAUGCGCGCGAUCUCGCAGAUCCUUGACAAGCUGCCGAUCAAGCCGCUGAAUGGAGCCGGUCAGGGCAGCUCGUCGCAGUCAUCGGACGUCCGCACGCUGCGCAGCCGCGCCUACCGCCGGUACUUUGACUUCUUUGUGCGCUUCAUGAGCCAGUGCCGCAUGGUUGAGAUCCAGGAGUUCAGCACCAUUGCCAGCGCCCAUGCUGCAGGCAGUGCUGCGGCAUCAGCUUUGGCUGCAACUGGGGGCGGGGGCGGCAGCAAUGUGGCCGGCGGUGCUGUGGGCUCUGCCAAUCCUAUGUCUUCUCGGAACCGGACCAACCGCAGUGAGAGCUUUGUUGCCACGCCCAGUGAUGUGGGGCUUGGCCGAGAGAUUGCGCGCAACAUCUACAGCACCAGCAGCGCCGUGGCCUCUGCCGGUGGGCAGACGACAACGAUGCAACAGCGGAUUCUGCUUGACAUCUCGAUUAAGGCGCUGACCAAGAUGCUGGCAGCGAACCUGGAGAUUGGCUUGCAGUAUUCGCUGACCGUUGUUUAUCACGAGGACCCCAAGCUGCGUGCGCUGUUCACCAACAUGUUCACUGAGAUUCUGCGCGAGGGUAUCGACAUCGACAGUCUGAGCGGCGACACGCCCGACCACUGGAAGGCGCGUCUGAUUGAUAUGCUGGUCCAUCCUGAUCUCAAGCUCCUGCUGGCCAUUAACGAGGUGUGCCAGGUGCAAGAUAUCGAUGAGUUGGGCGCUGUGCUGACUGACAUCUUUGAGUCGCGCAACUCGAUCAAGGUGCUCUUGGAACGCAUUAUUACGGUGGAGCUGGAGCGCACUGAUUCCGCGGCCGAGCUGUUCCGUCGCAACUGCCUGGCGACGCGACUCUUGUCGUACUUUGCCAAGAUCCACGGCGAUGCGUAUCUCAAGUCUACGCUGGGGCCUGCGCUGCGCAAGCUGAUGUCAUUGCCGCCAGGCACGCUGACGUUUGAGCUGAACCCGAACAAGAUGUCCGAGUCGGCUGACCGCGACCGCAACCUGAAGAACGUUGAGCGGCUGUGCUCGCUAGUCAUUGACGCGAUCGUGCGCUCGGUCCACAGCAUGCCGGCUGCCUUCCGCUCGAUCUGUAACAUGAUCUACCGGGUGGUCACCACGCGGUUCCCCGACGCUGGCUAUACCGCUGUCGGCGGAUUCAUCUUCUUGCGGUUCCUCUGCCCAGCUAUCGUGGCCCCCGACUCGCAUGGCAUUUGUGCGCAGAUCGAGAACCCAGAGAUCCGCCGCGGCUUGCUGCUGUGCACAAAGAUCACGCAUAACCUGGCCAACGACGUGCCGUUUGGCAACAAGGAGACGUACAUGGUUCCGCUCAACCGCUUCAUCAACGAAAACCGCCCACGUAUUCUGAACUUCUUGUCCGAGAUCGCCGAGCUGCCCGAUGAGUCGGACUCGGUGUUUGAGGGCCAUGCCCGCUCUAUUGCCUCGAGCACUGGCGGCGGACGGCCGAGCACCGAGUAUGGCGCUCCGUCUGAGCCUGACACCGACACCAGCAGCCAGAUUGCCCUGGCCGUUGACAGCAAGCAGUUCCUAGUAGUCCAGCGGUUCAUCUUUGAUCACAUGGAUCGUCUCGAGACGUACCUGUCUCGCGAGUCGAUGGUCCGCCUGCAGGGCCAUAUGGCCAAGCCGGCCGACCGCAAAAAGGGCAGUGACAAAAAGUCGCCUGCUGCCGCCGCCGCCGCCAAUGCCUCUGCGGCCGAUGUCAGCGCGAACCAAAGCAAGGCCAACAUGGCCGAGUCUGUCGGCAUGGCUACAUCGACCGAGAACCUAUACACCCAGGUCUCGUAUGUCAUGCGCCAGCUGGGUCCGCCGCCGCCGGUUGUGACCGAAAACGCCCCGUCCAAGAUGAUGGCCGAGGCCGAGAUCAACAGCGAAAAUGUGUUCUAUGACAUCUUGCGUCGCGACGCGCACCGUCCCACCGACGCGAUCGCCAAGAAGGCCAUCAUCUACAUUGGCGGCGUGUCCCGCGAGAAGCGGCCUGUGAUUUACAUCAUUGUGCGCCGCCUGCAGAUGCAGUACCUGGACAUGGAUCUGGUGCUGCUGCACAUUAUGCGUACGCUGGAGCCCUUCGCCAACAAGUCGUACGAGGUGUUCUUUGACCUGACGCAGUUUGGCCCUGCCAACGAGGUUCCCCUGCAGUGGCUGACGCAGCUGCGGCGGAUCAUCCCGCAGGGAAUUCUGCACAGCGCGCAGUCUGUGUACUGGUACAAUGUCAACACGCACUUCCGCAAGUACGUCAAGCACAUGGGCAUCACGCUGCCACCGCGCAUCGCCAAGCGCUCGGUGUUCCCGCACUCGCUCGGCGACCUCAACGAGUUCCUGGCCAGCCCGCAGGCUGACCUGCCGCCCGGAACCUGUGUCUCUGGACGGCGAGGGCGGCAUCAACAUUUCGCCGGUCACCCGUGUGUCACACCGGAGGCGAUCCAGAUCACGGCGAUGCGGCGCCAGGAGGUAUUUGGCUUGAGUACCUACUUUAACGACGUCUACCAUAUCACCGAGAUUGCGGACCUGCAGCUCCUGUCGGCCAACAACCGCCCGGACAGCAGCGAGGCCGACCACGAUGCCAGCAGCGGCAUCAAGGGCCGCAUGGGUCUACACCGCACAGCCAGCCGCAGCUCUGAGAGCGAGCGGCCUAGCACGCUGAGCAAGCAUUCCAAGAGCAACAGUGACGAGCAGCUGGUGUCGAUCCGGUUCGAGGGCGGUAGCUCGUCGCUGGUGUUUGCCAGCCCCAAGGCCGACCAGCUGUACCGCGCUAUCCGCACGGCCCGCACUCGCUACAACAACCACUCGUCGGCGCCUGCCGUGCCUGAGCGCAUCAUUCGGCCCUCGGAUGUGCCGGGCACUCUGCUCAACAUUGCGUUGCUGAACUGCGGUGCCGAGCAUGCGGUGCUGCGUAUCUCUGCCUACCGCAUGCUGACAGCGAUUGUGGCCACCUUCAACAUCGAUGUGGGCCAUGAGCUGGCGUACGCUAUUGACCUGUGCCUGCCGCCUAACCCGCUGCAGUUCAUCAGCCGGAUCGGCACCAAGCUAGCCAUGUCGGCGCCCGACAUGACCCUCGAGCUUCUGUCCGAGGCCCUGGUUGCGUUCUCCAAGUCGGCCCCCAACAUGCGGCUGUGGAUCCUGCAGUACAUCCAGCCCUGGCUGGUGUGCCUGGGCCACGUACCCAGGACAUCAUUCGCAAUCCUGAUCCACCUGCACUUGAAGGAACCCAGCAUGUACAUGCACUUCAAGCAGCAUGUGUGGUCGGUUGUUGCGCGUGUCGAGGACCUGACCGAGAUUAUUCUCGACAUGUUCCUGACGGUGGCUUUGGAGUACGGCGCCUUGACUGUCGAGACUGAGCUGAUUGCCGACAUGUUGGCCACUGUGGCUGGCAAGAACCCGCGGUACAACAAGCUGGUCACCCGCCUGCGCAAGCUCAUCGCGCAAACGUGCACCAUGAGCGUUACCUUCAUCCACACGCACCAGCUGUGGCCGGAGAUCGCAGUGUACCUGCGGCUGCUGCUGCCGCUGACCUUCUCGAACCGCAUGCUGGCUGAAGAGUACCUGCCCGAUGUUGCCUUCAUUACCUGCAUGCUGCUCAAGGCCGGGCCUGGCAUCAUCCACUCAACACUGCACGGUAUUGUGAUGCAUGUCGUGCACAGUCUGGCCCUGUCGCAGUGCAGCGGACUCAUCAUCGAUUCGACAUUCAGCACCAGUAUCACCGGCGAUGUGUCGUUUGCCGUCAGCCCUGCCCGUCAGUUCACAGACGGUACUGGCGACGAAGUUCUGGAUAGUGCUGCCACUGCGGCUGCCGGCAGCGGCGGAGCGACCGACUCCUCGCUGCUCUCGCCCUACGCGCAGCUGGCGCAGAUCUUGGCUGAUCUGAACCAGCCCAAGAUGCGGUUCAGCUUUGGCCUGCGGUCCAAGACCACCAGUGCAGUGACGUUCAUUGCCUCGUCUUACACCCGUGGUGGCGCUGCAUCAACACUCAACCCUCAGGCGCUGAUGGAGUACAAGGACGAGCUGCAGAGCAGUGCAUCGUUUGCCCACGAGUCGCCGCAGGAGGCGCUGUCGGCUGUUGAGAGCAUUGCGCAGCUGUUCCUGCGGAUCAUGGAUAACCCGGCAUAUGCCGACGGCAGGUCAAAUGCCUGGCGCUCUCGCUGGACUACGCUGGUCACGUCGUCGACCUUUGUGUUUAACCCAGCUAUCCAGCCGCGCGCCUUUGCGCUGCUCGGUAAGCUGGCAUCGUACGAUGAAGUCGACGACGACCUGCUCUAUCAGACGCUGGCAACACUGCGCGGCGCUCUAGCGACCCUUGGCGAUACUGACGAGUCGCUGCCCAUCUCGGUGCUGAUCUGCCUGGUCAGCAUGGUCGGCAAUUUGCCGCCUGACUCGUCGUACCUGGCGCCGAUGUUCUGGCUGGCCAUUGGUAUCCUGCAGAUCGGCAACAUCCCGCUCUACAAGGUCGGCUUGGAUCUUCUGGCCAAGGUCCUGCGCGCGCUGGACAACUGCGGCGCGUUCCAGCCCGAGAACAGGCAAUGGGCCGCCGACCAGCUCGAUGAGGGUAUGGAGGAUGUGCAGACCAAGGAUGAGUGCUACGACGUGGUUGCCCCGACCAGGCCACGCGCCGUCUGGACCUUGAUCCUGCCGUACCUGAUCCUGAUCCUGCCGACAUCGAACGCCCGCAACGCCGUCAGCCAUGUGUUUACCGUUGCCGGCUUGGUCACGACGCCCGAGCUGCGGCAGUCGCUCGACCAAACGGACUACAUCCUGUACCCAUCGAUCAUUGCUGCCAUGCUGCACAAGACGCGGGUCGAGCACGACAUCAUGAUCCUGUACAGCAUCCUGGCGUCGAACAUCACUUGGGCCGACCAGAGCAAGACCAUCAUGGUGAUCGAGUCCCUGGCGCCAACCAUCUCCAACAUGAUGCACAACAGCCAUAGUCCGAAGCUGACGCACAAGCUGCACGACAUCAUGCAGCAGCGCCUGCUGCAGCACCAGCCGUCGUCGGCUGAGAGCGGCUCAGGUCACUACGACCAGUCGAUGGGCACGCGCAAGUCGCUGAACGCGGCUAUCACCAGUGCUGGCUCGUCCUCGACACAAGCAACUGUGGGCGCCAGCACCCUGAACGUCACCAGCCCGAUCAGCCCGACCAUGAUGCAGUCCAGCUCACACCGGGCAUCGCACGCGCCGCCGACACGCGGUCGUGACGACUCGGGCGACCGCCUGAUCUCGCGGAUCACCGACGAGUCAAGCGUGCUCAGCGCGCAGUCGUCGUCGCCAUCGCUGGCCGGUGCCCGAGACCACUACCUGGCGGAGAUUGGCUUCAGCGGCCUCGGCAGAGCCAUCCUGUUCGAGACCAACAUGAACCACUGGAGAGAGCUUGCCGAGCUGACGAGCCUGUUGGUUGACCACAUCCUCUAA